AUGGAGAGCCGAAAGGACAUGGUUAUGUUUCUGGAUGGGGGUCAGCUUGGCACUCUGGUUGGUAAGAGGGUCUCUAAUUUGUCCGAAGCCGUGAGCAGCCCGCUGCCUGAACCGCCAGAGAAGAUGGUGCCCCACGGUUGCCUGAGCCCGCGAGCCGGCCCUCCGACUGCCCGGGAGCGUGGUGGGGGAGGCCCUGAGGAGGAGCCGGUCGAUGGACUAGCAGGCAGUGGUGCAGGACUGGGCGCCGAGCCACGGUCUGCUGGAGCGGCCGUGCUUGGCCCCGGACCCCCAGUCCCCUCCGCGGACAGCCUCUCUGGCCAAGGGCAACCCAGUAGUUCAGACACCGAAUCGGAUUUCUAUGAAGAAAUCGAGGUGAGCUGCACCCCGGACUGCGCCACCGGGAACGCCGAGUACCAGCACAGCAAAGGGUCAGGCUCUGAUGCACUGGGCGGCAGUCCUAACAGUGGCAGCGACGUCCCCAAAAGCAACGGGAGCAGCGGCAGCAGCGGCUCGCAAGGCACCCUGGCCUGCAGCGCCAGUGACCAGAUGCGCCGAUACCGCACUGCCUUCACCCGGGAGCAGAUUGCACGGCUGGAGAAGGAGUUCUACAGGGAGAACUACGUAUCAAGGCCGAGGAGAUGCGAGUUGGCAGCAGCUCUAAACCUUCCCGAAACUACCAUUAAGGUGUGGUUUCAGAACAGACGCAUGAAGGACAAGCGUCAGCGGCUGGCCAUGACGUGGCCGCACCCUGCGGACCCCGCCUUCUACACUUACAUGAUGAGCCACGCGGCGGCCGCGGGCGGUCUGCCCUAUCCCUUUCCAUCGCACCUGCCCCUGCCCUACUACUCGCCCGUGGGUCUGGGCGCAGCAUCCGCUGCCUCGGCCGCCGCUUCGCCCUUCAGCGGCCCGCUGCGCCCGCUUGACACGUUCCGUGUGCUGUCGCAGCCCUACCCGCGACCCGAACUGCUGUGCGCCUUCCGCCACCCACCGCUCUACCCCGGCCCAGCGCACGGACUAGGUGCCUCGGCCGGUGGCCCCUGCUCCUGCCUUGCCUGCCACAGCGGCCCGGCCAAUGGCCUGGCACCGCGGGCCGCUGCAGCCUCGGACUUCACUUGUGCCUCCACCUCCCGCUCGGACUCCUUCCUCACGUUCGCCCCCUCCGUGCUCAGCAAGGCCUCCUCGGUGGCGUUGGACCAGAGAGAGGAGGUGCCCCUCACCAGAUAA